UCAGCCGCAGCCCGCCCGCGAUUGGGGCGCGCGCGCCUCCUUCGGUUUGGGGCUAAUUAUAAAGUGGCUCCAGCCGCCGUUAGCCCCGGACCGCCAGGCAGGCGCUCGGAGCGGGUAGCUUGGCCCGCGGCCCCGCAGCGACGCGGAGGACUGCCACGAGUUGUGUCUGGGACCCGGUUUUUCCAACCAGCAUGCUCCAUCUGAACAGCGUCAACUCCAUGGCGCGGUUCUUGAGAUUUUGCACUUGGCUGCUGGUGCUCGGACCGGGGCUCCUGGCGACCGUGCGGGCGGAAUGCAGCCAGGACUGCGCGACAUGCAGCUACCGCCUGGUGCGCCCGGCAGACAUCAACUUCCUGGCUUGUGUGAUGGAGUGUGAAGGAAGACUUCCUUCUCUCAAAAUUUGGGCGACCUGCAAGGAGCUCCUGCAGCUGUCCAAAUCCGAGCUUGCUCAGGAUGCCGCCGGCGCCCUCCGAGACAGCAGCAAACAGGAAGAGAGCCAUUUGCUGGCCAAAAGGUACGGGGGCUUCAUGAAGAGGUAUGGAGGCUUCAUGAAGAAGAUGGACGAGCUUUAUCCCAUGGAGCCGGAGGAAGAGGCCAACGGAGGUGAAAUCCUUGCCAAGCGGUACGGGGGCUUCAUGAAGAAGGACGCGGAGGAGGACGACUCCCUGGCCAACUCCUCAGACCUGUUGAAGGAGCUUCUGGAAACGGGGGACAACCGGGAGCGUAGCCACCACCAGGACGGCAGUGACAAUGAUGAAGAGGUGAGCAAGAGAUAUGGGGGCUUCAUGAGAGGCUUAAAGAGAAGCCCCCAACUGGAAGACGAAGCCAAAGAGCUGCAGAAGCGAUAUGGGGGCUUCAUGAGAAGAGUGGGCCGCCCGGAGUGGUGGAUGGACUACCAGAAAAGGUACGGAGGCUUCCUGAAGCGCUUCGCGGAGUCUCUGCCCUCCGACGAAGAAGGCGAGAGUUACUCCAAAGAAGUUCCCGAAAUGGAAAAAAGAUAUGGAGGAUUUAUGAGAUUUUAAUACCCUUUCCCAUCAGUGGCCCCAGGCCCAGCAAGCCUCCUUCUAUCCUCCAGUGAGAACCCGCCUCCUUGAUGGUGUGCUGCUGCUGUGUGUUGCUUGUAUUGUACAGUCGACUUCAUUGUCUGGGUGACUAGACAACCUGAAAGCUCUCAUUUCAGGUUCUGUGUUCUUCUUAGAGUCUUUAAGCUCAGUGUUGGUCUAUUGCAGCUAUCUCGUUUUUGUGCUAAAAUAGUUUUUGUUAUCUUGUCCCUUAUUUUUGACAAAGCAUCAGUAAAUGCUUACUUGUAUAUAGAUAUAAUAAACCUAUUACCCCAACUGCAUAA